AUGGACAACGUACUUUCGUCCCUCAACCACCAUGAACAACAACCAUCAUUCCCACCAGAGCUCUAUUCACCAUCGGAAAUCCAACGGGUGACUGACACUCAACCUGAUCAUGAGAUGUUCAGUGGCGACGUCGGCGGAGACGGCCUGGCCAGCACAACCUUCGAGGCAACGAACCUGAACGACGAUGAAGGAGAGCCUCUUUCCUCAAUAUGGAACACUCUUGGUCUCCCACCCGUUGUAUCUCAUGAGCAGCAACACAGAUCGUCUUCCACGAGUGCGCCGCCGCCUGACGUGCCGCCGCCGCGGCCCCUGUUCCACGCAGAGUCCGAUCGGGCACAAUUGGGCUUCUACGGCCCGACCUCCCAAUGUUAUCUUCAGUAUCCAUGCCAUGGUCCGGAUCUGGACGAUCUGGAGAUCGACCCGUCACCACCACCGCCCCUGUUGUUGAAGAUUGAUGCCGACUCUCCGAGCGCCAGGAAGGCCGUGCUCGAAUCAUACUGGAAAUCCAACGAACUUUGGAGUAGUAUCGUCGACAGAUGUUUUUUCAUCGCCCACAAAGCCGCCGGCCACGCGUCGCAAUAUUACUCCCAGGGGUUGGAGGAUGCCAUGCUGGCUUGCGGUUCUCGCAACAGCACUUCGAGUGCCAUCAGAAAAGUCGGGAGGGAAUAUCUCCGACGGGCAAAGAUGAACCUCCAAAUCGAGAUUGAGAAUCCGACAGUUGCAGCCUUGCAAGGGUGUCUACUGGUGAGUAACUAUGAGGCUGGAACGGGACAAAACAGGAUCGGUUGGAUGUUCAUGGGAAUGGCGGUUCGAUUGCUCCUGGACUUGGGACUUCACGAAGACCGUUCGACUCUGGUGGAGAAUGGAGCCAUCUCGGUAGAGGAGUGGAGGUAUCAGAAACGCCUCUUCCUGGGGACAUUCCUCUAUGACACCAUUUGGGGGUGGUUCAUAGGCCGCCCUAGAGGUGUCCCACUCCUCAGCGUCACCGUGGUAACUUCCACCAACACCGUCGACGAUGGCGAUCAGUCACACCUGUAUGAAUGGACCAGCCUUUGUUCCCAGAUGGCUCGGGCCCAAGACAUCAUCAAUGGGCCUCAGCCCCUUGACCCGAACACCAUGGACCAAUUGUACAGAAUAUACCUGGGAUUGGAAUCCGAAUACGACAACUUGCCUACAGAUCUGGCCUUGAGGGAGGGAGAAACCGUCACUCUGGAACCUUCAGCCUACACCCUCCACACACAGUAUCUGGCGACUCAAAUCAUGUUGCUCCGUCCUCCAGGUCGACGAAACAACGGUCAAACGACGACGACACAGGCUGGAGACAAUGAUGAUGCCACCGCCUUCCUACUACCGGGACUGACGUUGCCAGAGGUCUUGGGUCUUAUCCGUCAAAAGGCAGUACGGAUCGCCCGACUCGUUCAACUCCUCACUCAGAUCCACGGGGUCGAAUUGGUGGUACCCACAAUCCUGGACAAUGUAUUUGUCGCGGCCUUGAGCCUGAUCCGAAACGCCCUCCGCGAUCCACUGGCUCUGGAAGAAGACGAGCAAUGGCUACGCUUGUUCGCGAGGACCUUGGGCAGCGUCCAACGACAUUACCACAUGGCGUGCCGUAUCCGAAAAGCUCUGACGAGCAUCGUGGAAAACACGACCAUGGAGGAGAUCUUCAAGGUGAAAAGUCCGGGAUCGGAUUCAACAUCAAGCCCACAGAGAUUAUUGGUGGGACAACAACGACAACAACAACACUUGCUACAAGGACAACAAUGUCGGGAGUCACCUCCUUCGUCGAUCGGCAACUAUCUUUGGCCUAUUGCGAGCAGUGGAGAUGAUGGUUUGUUGAUGGACGACUUUCACAAAGAUCCUCAAUUGCCAUCGGUGGUGGGCAUGAAUCCUGGCGGUGAUUGUCUACCAAAUCUGGCCUGGUUUAGCAAAGCCUAA